AUGACAUCCUCCAAAGAAGCCCUCCGCAGACAGCGUCGGAGGGAGCUGGAUGCACGCAGGAGUAAGUCUCGUGUGCGUUUGGGUUCGUGCCUUCAGACCUGGGGACUGUUAAAGGACAAACUGGGAUUUUCUCUCCACUCUGAACUGGCCCAGUACCUUCUUGAGAGUUACUUUUCCAAAAUGUGUGCUGGAUGUUCAGGAAAAGGAGAAAAAACAGCACUGUUGACAACAGCUGAAUCCCUUCAUCAACUGAUCCUGUCAGUUCACAAUCAUGGUCAACAGUGCUCUUUCCCCCCAACUCUACAGCCUGGACCCCACACAGUCCAGAUAAUGGACUCCCAGACUCAAACGGGGCCGACCGACCCCACGCGCCACGCAGAGACAGAACCGUGCCUUAUCUACAGCUGUGAAGGUGGACAUCUUUUCUCGUGGUUCCCCGCUCAGAGAGACGGCGAAGAGGAGAGAGAAGAAAAUAAAAAUACAGGGGACGCUACUCGCUCAGGGCCUAAACGACCGAGAGAGAAAGAGAGAGAGCUGAAGAGGGAGAGCGUCGGAGAAGAGGCCAGCUGUACCGUUAGGACCAGAGGUUGCGUUGAAGCACACCCUGUGGCGUUGUGCCAGAAAAGAGCAAGUCAGAGAGCUGAGGCGAGGGGUGAGACACCAGCUGUCACUGUCCAAAACACUACAGACUCAGGAAAGGACAAACUUUCAGAUAAGACAUCUGUGAAGGAGAGGGAAUCUGAAAACGAAACUGCAGCACUGUCAGCCCACACAGUUCAGCCAUCAGGGAAAUGCAGCAGUAAAAGAACAGUACCACAAAUGUCCUCUAGAGGGACCAAGAGGAGUGCAGAUGAAGGUGGGAGAACCUCAGGGGACACAAGGACAGGAGGGAGAGGAAAUAACAGACAGCUGAUACCAAAUGAUGAUGCUUCUCAGAUUGGUGGCAAACGGAAAAGGAAAGCAACACCAAAAGAAAUUCUACCUUGCGAGUUUGAUGGGUGUGGGAAGAUCUUCUCCAGUCGUCAGUACCUUAAUCAUCACAUGAAGUACCAGCACUUCCAGCAGAAAACGUUUACUUGCUCUCACCCGUCCUGUGGGAAGUCGUUCAACUUCAAGAAACAUCUAAAGGAACACGAGAAGCUACACAGUAAUCAGAGGGAUUAUAUCUGUGAAUACUGUGCCCGGGCGUUCCGAACCAGCAGCAAUUUGAUCAUCCACCGCAGGAUCCAUACUGGAGAGAAGCCACUGCAGUGCGAGGUGUGUGGCUUUACCUGCCGACAGAAGGCGUCUCUUAACUGGCACAUGCGAAAGCACAACGCGGAGAGCAGCUACCAGUUUCCCUGCGAGAUCUGCGGCCGUCGCUUCGAGAAAAGAGACAACGUGACUGCACAUCGCAGCAAGAGUCACCCAGACCAUCCCGGCUCUACGGAACUGAGUCCUUCCCCACUCACGACCCCUCCUGACCCUACCGUAGACCCCCCCCUAAAAUAAAUAGAGAUUCCCUCAGCGCUUCCGUUUACAUCAGCAGUUGUUGUUAUUAAACACACGGUGGUGUAUACUACCUGUGUUUACAUUCUUUUAGACAACAAACAGCAGA